UUUCCGUAAACGGUGUCCUAUUUGAAAGUUCAAUUUGCCGUGUAUAAUUUUACGCUCGUUAGCUAUCACGACUAAUGUCAACAUAACGAGAUCGAAAUUGCGCUGUUUGUAACAGUACUCGAAUUUAUUACAAUUUAAAUAAAACGCUAGCAACUGGAGCGUACGAAGAAUCAGAGGAUACGCUCGUUACCAUCUUUUUUUCAGUAUUUAUAUAUUCGUCGAGUACAUCGAGUCACCAUAUCUUCGAGUAUAAGGUAGAGAAAUUUUAACGACAUAUCGCGUAAGAAUAUUAUCAACGAUUGAUACUUUUUGCGUGUUGUAUCGAUAGUCUCGUAUUUAAAAUGCGUUGAGAAUUGUAUCCCGUAACGCGCACGAUAAUACAAAAAGUAACAAAAAGUUUAAACAUUUUCGGCCGGAACGGAAUAAAAUGUUGAAGAUCACAUUGCUUCUUGGUGCGUUCGACAUUAUUCAAUGCGAAAUGCAGAGAACGAGAUUGGAAAGGACUAUAAGCGAAGCACCGUCUUGCAGUAAUCCGCCCCUGUGUUACUUAUCGGAUACGUACAAGACGGAGUCGAAGAGCAUAUCAUUUCUACCCUAUCCAAAUUCUCCGGAUAUACGCAGGCAACAGUCGAUUCAGCGCAGCUACUAUGGUGGAUUCGGCUCAUCACCGGCUCAUUACCACGCCUUUGAUCCCAUCAGCGUGUUAGCAUCGUUGGCGUUCUUGGCAUUUCUGUUGCAAUCGUUCGCCACUCUCUUUGAUCAUUCAAGAUCAAUCCUGCCGACGAUAGUUAGCGGCAGACAGACAGCCGUAGACUUGCGAGUUCCAGAAGUUUCAAAACACGUGUCGCAUGCCUUGCAGGAAUACGAAAGUCUCAAUGAGGACUUGGAGAAGAAAUAAUUGAUAAUCACUUGACUUUUUACGUGCACAGAACAAUAUCUAUCGUUUUCGAUGUACGAGCGAUCUUUAGAAAUUUACGUAAAUAAUUUAUUCUUUCCUUAAAGAUUACAUACAAUUAGUCGACAUUCUCUACACAGCAGAAACUUGGUUUGUCAAUAUAUAUAUAAUCUAAUGUAAUUUUUUCA